AUGGACCAAGAGCCACCACCCAUCCUCCAAGAGGCGCCCCCCCUGGACCCAGCCUGGCUCGCCCACGAGCGAAAGGCAGGACUCCUCGCGCCCAAGCCCUCUGUGGAUCCUAUCGCCCGCCAGCCCAGGUACGCGGCGGAGUGCCGGGAGCGCAACACGGCCAUGAUGGCGCCCGGCGCGAGGGACCACCGCCUUUCCCAGGGCCUCACCACCAAAUACAUCUCCGUGCCCUCGAGCAGUGACGGCUUCUCCAUCCCGGUGCUGCAGUAUGACGCUUCGUCCUCUGUGAGCGGCCUUGAGGCCGACGGUAGGAGCGGAGAGCCGCGGACCAUCAUUAUCUACUACCACGGCGGCGGCCUCACAGUCGGCGAGGCGGACUCGGAGGACCUCUCCUGCCGCCGAUUGGUGAAAGACUCGGCCGCCUUCCUGCCCGGCGUGCGCCUGUACAGCAUCGGCUACCGCCUCAAACCGCAGCACCCGGCGUCGACAUGCGUCUCGGACAGCAUCGACGCCUUCGCCUCCCUUGUCAAGACACAUGCUAAAGUGGGCGGGCUGAGGAUCGUCCUGGUCGGCAGCUCAAGCGGCGGCCAGCUCGCAGCCACCGUGGCCCAGCACGCCCUCGCCGCCGGGAUCCCGCUCCGUGGCGUGCUGCUGCGUUGUCCCGUGACAAGCGAUGCCUUUCGGGGGCCAGAGUACGUGCCCGAGCACUUGCACGGGAUGCACACGAGCGCCAAGCAUCCGUCGUUCCAGACCUCUCUCCUCGCCCGGCUCGACAUGGACGGACCGCGGGAUGGGCUGGCGAAAAUGCCGCUCGAGGCUGGCCCGGCGGAGCUGAGAGGGAUGCCGCCGACGUGGAUCCAGGUGUGUUCAAAUGACGUGCUGUACUCGGAUGGUGCGUGUUAUACUAGGGUACUGAGGGAUGCUGGUGUCACUGUGAAGACAAAUGUCGUCUGGGGCUGGCCGCAUACGUUUUGGCUGAAGGCGCCGCACCUGGAGAGGGCGCUGCAGGCGGAAUUAGCAAUGGUAGGGGCAUUGAGAUGGGUCGCAGAUGCGAAUCAGUGGGAGUGA